CAGCAGCAACAGGUCAUGGGUGAGACUGAGAUCUUUUUUUCCAGGUGACUACACACAACACAUAUGCAAUCUUAUCUUCCCCAAAGAGAGGUACAGGAGUUCAGAAGGAGAAUUUAGCUUGCUCCAGGGUGAUGUUUGAAAGCUGCAGUGCAGCUCCUAACCUGAUUAAUACAUCCUGAGGUGGCUGGAUUGUGUCCUGGAAAUUUGCAGGAAACCAGUUUGCCUGUAAGCUGCCAAAUCUAUAUCCAUCUGUGUCAUUUUAUUGGGAUAGGUGAAUCAGGUGUAUGUAGCUAGAUAUCAAGAGCAAUUUUCCCAGUGAAUUCCAGUUUAAACCCUGGUUGUGGAAAUUACAGCAAUUUCAAUAGGAGAAUUCACAGUGUCUUGAUUCUCUCUCUGCAGCAUGGACAAGGACAGCCAGGAUGUUCACCAGGUACUGAAUGAGCUCAAGAACAAGUUCCAGGAGAUGAGGAAGCUGAUCAGCUCCAUGCCUGGCAUUGGGGUGAGCCCGGAGCAGCAGCAGCAGCAGCUGCAGAACCUGCGGGAGCAGGUCCGGACCAAAAACGAGCUGCUGCAGAAGUACAAGAGCCUUUGCAUGUUUGAAAUCCCCAAGGAGUAGGAAAGGCACAGCUCCUCUCUCCAGGUCUGAGAUACCUCCUGUCCAGGCUGAACAGGGUGGCAGAAGAGGACAUUUCUUUCGUUAGGUUUUGUGGCUGCAGAGCUGUGGUGUUGUGCCUGUGUGGACCAUGGGUGUGUGACACUGAGCCAGGACACCGUGUGCUCUCCUGGGACAAUGGCAGUGGCACGUUCCCUUGAUCAGCUGCAGGACUGUGCACUUACAUAUCCCAUCUCCUAUUUUCUCUUGGGGUGGGGUUCUUCUUUUUUAUGUUCAAACAAGCAAGAGACAUUUUGUUUUCUCCUCACUAAGGGUCAAAGUACCUGCUGGUGAAAAAGAGGG